AUGUUGCCGGUGACGCGCAGCGGAAGAGGCCGGGCGGUCUCCAAGGUAACCGCGCUCCCGCGAGAUAUCCAUGAGAAGGCGACUGUCUCCGAUGACGGGAAGGCGCCGGAGAAGAAAAGCAGAAGCCCGGCGCCAGGUGGCAAAGCCUCAAGAAAGUCUGUUAGAGGCGGUGGGAAGACAGGCGGGGCGAGUGCGGAGAAGAGGACGGCGAGGAAAACCAAGAAAACUGCAGACGCAGCGAUGAAAGAGGAAGACACGGAGAAAGAGAUCAAAGACCUGCUGAGUUUGGAAGGAAAAGUCUCGGUCCCGGAUGUGACAGUCAUUGAAGACAGCAGCACGGAGGACAGUGAUGAGGAAUGGCAGGAGGUGGAAGAGCUAAACGAGCCGACACUGGAGUCAUUGCAUGCCUCGACGUCCGCUGACCCGGAACCUUCCACCAAGCCGGUAGAGAUAGAAAUUGAGACUGCGGAGGCAGCAAAGGCAAGACUGAGGAGGGAGAAGAAGAAGGCGGAGUUUGCAGCUUAUCUGCGCAGAAUGAUGAACCGCUUCACCAAGGAGCUCCGCGAAGACACCCACAAGGUCCACCUCCUCUGCCUCCUGGCCAAUGGCAUUUACCGUAGCAACACCUGCAACUCACUCGAUCUCCAGGCUGUGGCGCUAUCUGUGGUUCCCGCUAAGUUUGUCAACGUUCCAGCUCCCCGAGUGGAUGUAGUGUAUCUGACCGCACUGGUGAAGUGGUUCGUAUCAACUUUCACCCUGAAUCCAGAAAUGUCAUUGGAUGAGCAGGAACCUUUGUCUGGUACCUUGGAGCGAAGAUUUGGGGUGUACGGCGUCAGAGAUGGAGAGGAAAUGGUUCAUCUUUUCCUGAUUCUCCUGCGAGCUCUGCAACUUCUGAGCCGGUUGGUGUUGUCGCUGCAGCCCAUCCCUCUGAAGGAGCUGCCUGCUAAGAUGAAACGCAAGUCUACAGAGAGGUCAGCCUCCAAAACGGCAAAUAAAUCAUCCAAACGCCGGAGACCUUCUAACGCUAAAUCAAAACCAAGGUCCAAAAAAAAGAAAAAGCUGAAGCAGGAAGAGGAAGUUUUUGGGGAAGACGAUGAAGACGAAAAAUCUGGAAAAGAAGCCAAAAAAACAAAGAAAAAGGCCAAGAGGGCCCAAGCAGAGAGUGACAAGGAGGCCAAGCCGAGAAGCCGCCCCAAAAACCAGCUUCGGAGAAAAGCGGCCUCUAAAGUUUCAUACAAGGACGAAAGUGAAAGCGAGGCGGACAGCAGCGGCUCCGAAUUCUCCUGCGCCGACAGCAGCGAGGAGGACAGCGAGUUCUCCGAAUGGGAAGGGUCCGUUGAAAGAAAAGCAAAGAAACCUAUGAGUCUUUUGGCGGACUUUGGAGAGUUGCCAUCAAAGAGCCCAGGGCAGCCCAAAGCGAAGAGCUCCCCCAAAAAACCCAGCAGCACCCAGCCAACAGGAAGAGGCAAGAUCAUAUCAACAGAUGAUGAAAUUGAGGAGAUACCACCAUCCCCCAGAGGCAGCGAUCAGUGGGUGGAAGUCUACCUGCAGAAGGAGGAGAAGUGGGUCUGCGUAGACUGCACCCACGGGACGGUCAACAAGCCAUCCAUGUGCUUCAAGGCUGCCACCAAGCCCUUCAUGUACGUGGUGGGGAUCGACAACUCGGGCCACGUUAACGACGUGACGCGUAGAUACGAUCGGGAGUGGAUGACCAGGACCCGCAAACAACGCGUCGAUCCGGAGUGGUGGGAAGAGACGCUGAGGCCUUUUAGAAACCCCGACAUGACAUGUGAAGAUCGAGAAGAAGCAGAGUUCGAAUCUAAAUUACUCGAACAGCCACUGCCAACCUCAAUCACAGAAUUUAAGAAUCACCCAUUGUAUGCCUUGAAGAGACAUCUGCUGAAAUACGAGGCUAUCUACCCAGAAUCUGCCUCCAUCCUGGGCUACUGCAGAGGGGAAGCCGUCUAUUCCAGGUCAUGUGUUCAAACCCUGCACUCCAAAGACACCUGGCUGAAGCAGGCCCGCGUGGUGCGGCUGGGAGAGGUGCCUUACAAGAUGGUGAAAGGACACUCCAACCGAGCGAGAAAAGCCCGUAUGGUGGAUCCGGAGAAGAGGGACAGCAAUGACCUUCCUCUGUUUGGCCCGUGGCAGACGGAGGAUUAUCAGCCGCCUGUCGCUGUGGACGGGAAGGUUCCCCGCAACGAGUUUGGAAACGUUUACCUGUUCAAGCCUUGCAUGUUGCCGAUCGGCUGCGUCCACCUGCAACUGCCUAACCUGCACCGCGUGGGCAGGAAGCUGGACAUCGACUGCGUCCAAGCCAUCACCGGAUUUGACUUCCACGGUGGCUACUCGCACCCUGUAACAGACGGGUACAUAGUGUGCGAGGAGCACAAGGACAUCCUGCUGGGCGCCUGGGAGAAUGAACAGGUUGAGAUCGAGCGCAAGCAGAAGGAGAAGCGGGAAACGCGAGUUUGGGGGAACUGGAAGCUGCUGAUCAAGGGGCUGCUGAUCCGCGAGAGAUUAAAAGCGCGCUAUGGGAAGACGGACGACGAUCAUCUACACGCAGCAUUAGGGCAAGUUGGAUUCUCAUCCGACGAAGAGGAAAAACCAGCAACGGAGACCCCAGCUCAGGACACCGCUGUCUCCUGGCCUCAAAACCGCCAGGCCGAGGAUCUACAGGAAGGGAAAGCUAAACGAAAGAACAGGAGGGAGAAGAAGGGGGAAGAGAAGCAUUUGUUUCCAUUUGAGAAACUCUGACAUCAGUCAUUGCUUUGAAUCCUGACAACAUGGGCGUUCUGCUUCUUUCCUGCUGCCGGGGGAACCACAAGUCCCAUCAUGGCAGACAAGCUGUGCAAUCCUUCAGCAGCUGGAGGAAUCCGGGU